UCAAAAAUUUCAGUAUAAAUGAAAAUUGUACAUAUUUAUUAUAGACAUUACGUGAAAGGAUAUUUUUUCAUUGAUUUUAUCAGUACACUCCCAUAUAUGUGGUUCUAUCCAACACGUAUCUUACCACCUGGUCCGGAUUCAAAUUCUGUAUUGCUUAUUGUUGAAUUUCUACCUAUUUUGAAAAUAAUUCGCAUACCUACAGUACGACGCAAUGUUCAACACAUCAAUGCAAAAAUUUUUGGUAUUUCUCAAACUCGAGAGACAGCAAUAUGGCUUGUUAUCUUAACAUUAUUGAUAUUCCACUGGAGUAGCUGUAUAAGUUUCGUCUUUCCUUACAUCGUUAUGCAUAUACAAGAAAAACCGAUAAAAAAUUCCGAUGUGUAUUAUAUAGUCACAGAACUUUAUAAUAAACCACAUUGGAAAGUGUAUUUAAUAUUUGUACAUAUUGGAGUAAGUAAUUUAAUUGGCUCGAGUUUCAUGGAAUUCGACAGUUUUGGAAUUUGUGAUAAAGUAAUACGAUGCACACUUUUGCUGUUCGGGAAAGGCUAUACAAUUUAUUUGAUUGUAACAAUCCUGCAAUUUUUGGAGUCAUUAGCAGAGCCUGAACUUAAAUAUCAACGAAUCAUGCAUCAAGUAAAGGAAUAUAUUCGUCAAAAAAAACUUCCAUUAUAUUUACAAGAUAAGCUUAUCUUUUACUAUGAGUAUCGUUAUCAAGGCAAUUUCUUCAAAGAAAAUGUUAUUUUUGACACUCUUUCAAGUCAUUUAAAUCAAGAAAUUUUAUUUCAUAGCAGCCAAGGUUUAAUAGAUACCAUGAUUCUUCAUAAUUUGCCCCGCAAUGUUCUUGGUGAUUUAAUAAAUUUAAUGAAACCGGUGAUAUAUCUAGCAGGAGAUAUAAUUUAUAAAGCUAGCACUGAUAGUGAUUGUAUGUAUUUUAUAGCCAGCGGAGCUGUUGUAUUAAUCACAUUCUCAGGAAGAGAAAUAUGUCACUUACACGAUGGUGAUCAUUUUGGCGAAGCUGGUAUGGUCCAUCCGGAUCGGCGUAGAGCGGAAUCUGUUAUCGCUCUGGAAGUGUGCGAGCUACUUCGCUUGCAUCGUCGUGAUUUCAAGCGUCUUUUUGCCAAAGGCUCGGAAUUUUAUCAUAGCUUGGAGCAUAUCGCCCGAGAACGUUCGCAGAAAAUUAAGAAAUUGAAUGAAGAGCACGAACGAAACUGAAAGAAUUCAAAAGCAGUUUUAUUCAUUCCAUAAUGGAACAGAAAUGCUAUCAUCGGUAGAAUAAGUCUGAUUUAAACGAACAUAAAUGUGGCAAAAGCUCCACUUUCGUUUCCCACUGGCCUAGUAAAAUCGACAUGUGCCCGAGGUCGCUCGAAAUAGCAUCCCCAUUCGAAGAGCAACAUCUAAUAGCUCCAAUGAAUUAGGGACAGCAACGACAACGAGAAAUAUACAUUGUAUAUGUAUGCAUAUAUGUGAUAAAGGGAUAUGUGUAUACAGGAUAGAAACCGAUCAAAGCCGGAAAUUGCGAUUGAUCGAGAUUAAAUGGGUUCGGAAUAAGACUAAUGCUGACUUUUAUCGAGUUUAAUGGAUGUUUGUUAUAUUAGAGCAUCAUCAUAGAAAGAAUUGCAUUAAAAGUCUGAAAUAACAACAAGAACUUAAUAUCUUCCUAAUUUAUAAA